AUGAUUAAAGCUAUUUUAGUAUUCAAUAAUCAUGGAAAGCCUAGACUUUCUAAAUUUUAUCAAUAUUUUAAUGAUGACAUGCAACAACAGAUAAUAAAAGAAACAUUUCAACUAGUUUCAAAGAGAGAUGAUAAUGUUUGUAAUUUUCUGGAAGGUGGAAGUUUAAUUGGUGGAUCUGAUUAUAAAUUGAUUUAUCGACAUUAUGCUACAUUAUAUUUUGUAUUCUGUGUUGAUAGUUCUGAAUCAGAGUUGGGAAUUUUAGAUUUAAUACAAGUUUUUGUUGAAACAUUGGAUAAAUGUUUCGAAAAUGUAUGUGAACUUGAUCUUAUCUUUCAUGUAGACAAAGUUCAUUACAUACUUAAUGAGUUAGUGAUGGGUGGAAUGGUUUUGGAAACCAAUAUGACUGAAAUACUUACAAGAAUUGAAGAUCAAAAUAAAUUGGAAAAACAAGAGGCAGGAAUCACAGCAGCGCCGGCGCGUGCUGUUUCUGCUGUCAAGAAUAUGAACAUACCACAGCAAAUAAAGGAUAUGAAGUUGCCUGAUUUGCCACAAGCUAUAAAAGAUCUCAAAUUCUGACCAGCCGUUACGUCGUUGGCUCCAAGCUGACUGGUUUCAUCUACAAUCCCAAGUGCAAGUGAUACUACAAGGGUUUAUUUCCCCUCCCUUCAAGCAAAUGAGAAUGCACCAAUA